AUGGCGGGCGCCAUCGCCAUGACAGGGGCCAUUGCCAUGACAGGUGUCAUGGGCUUAAGGGUGCUGACAGACAUCACGAUGAUGACGUGUAAUCCGUCACGCUGCUCAAACUUGUUUUCCAAGUCGGUCAUAACCGGCGGAGGCGGAAGAGGAAACGGUUCAUCCUCCACAUUCUGCAGCUGGCAUGGUGUCACUUGCGGAGGAGGCGGAAGAGGAAACGGAAGAGUGGUUUCACUUAAUGUGACCAGUCUACGCGGCGGUGAACUGGCGUCUUCCAUCGGAGAGUUAUCCGAGCUUCGAGUUUUGUCGAUUCCUGAAAACAUCUUCUUUGGCGAAAUUUCGGUGAGUUUGAUGAAUCUCCGGGGACUUGAGGUUCUUGAGCUUCAAGGUUUUGUUAUACCCCCAAGCGACGGUAUUGGUGUUGUUGUUGAUGCUUCUGUGUUUCACGAGUCAUUUCUUGCUGGCGGCAUUGCAAAACUGCUUCUUGGCAACGUUCUCAAGGAAGGAACUCCAAUUUCUGUGAACCCUCUCGUGAUUUGGGCUUGGGCAACGUUCUCAAGAAAGCUUACUAUGCAAGGGAAACAACAUAUUGAAUCUUCUAGCAAAGUAAACAAUAUCAAGCAUCGUGACGAAACACCGCCUGAUGUUCGAGUACGGAAACUAAAGGAUCAGCUCAUCCAAGCUAAAGUUUAUCUUUCCCUUCAGGCAGCAAGCAAAGAUUAUGACUUGCCAAGGAAUACAAAUGAGAGAAUGAAGGCAAUAGAGCAAUCAUUGAUGAAAGCAAGGCAAAUUCAAGAUGAUUGUGCCACAUCCGUGAAGAAGCUUAGGGCUAUGCUCCACUCAUCAGAGGACCAGCUUCGCGUGCACAAGAAACAGACCUUAUUCUUAACACAGUUGACAGCUAAAACACUGCCUAAAGAUAACAUAUUGGCCACAGCUGUUGUUGUGAAUUCUACUGCUGCCCAUGCUAAGGAUUCCUCCAAACAUGUUUUCCACAUUGUAACUGAUAGGCUCAAUUAUGCGGCAAUGAGGAUGUGGUUUUUGGCCAAUCCACCAGGAAAGGCGGCAGUUCGAGUUACAGUCCAGUUCUUAAGCAGCUAG